GUGGAACGAUUACGUUCCGUGCUUAAUGAGCAAGUAGAAAUUCAUGGAAGAGGUAAUUUUCCAACGCUAAGCGUACGUUUACAUGAUUUAAUUGUAUGUGUGCGUGACAGCUUACGUGCAGCUGGUAUUGGACCGAAAAACGUGAAAAUGAAUGGUGGAGCUGCAUCAUAUGUUGUAGCAACAGAGGAAUUUGCAUAUUCAGAUCUCGACUUGAUAUUUCCAAUGAGUUUUGAAAGCGAACAAAGUUUUGAUAGCGUUAGGUCAGCUGUUUUUGAUGCUCUGGUACAAUUGAUGCCAGAAUCAACAAACAAAGAGAAAAUAUCAGCAGAAACGUUAAAGGAUAUUUACAUUCGUAAAAUGGUUAAAGUCUCAGAUGGCGACCGCUGGUCGCUGUUCUCGUUACACAACGAUUUUGGGCGAUGCAUUGAACUCAAGUUCGUUGAUCGUAUGAGACGUCAGUUUGAAUUUAGUGUUGACAGUUUUCAAAUCAAUCUGGAUGUGCUACUUGAUCAACCUGAUCAUCCAAAUCCAGUCAUCACAGCUGAAAGUAUGUUUGGCGACAUCAAUAAGGCUUUGCAACAUCUGAACGAACGGCUAAUUGAUACUCGAAGGCCUGAGGAAAUUCGAGGUGGAGGCUUACUCAAGUACUGUCACUUGUUGACACGAGGUUACAAGGCAGCUCGACCAAACAAAUGUCGCCUGCUUGAACGUUACAUGUGUUCACGUUUUUUUAUUGAUUUCCCGGAAGUUAGCACUCAAGAAGUUAAGCUCCGAGCCUAUCUUGACAACCACUGUGGUAAUGAAGAUCAGGUCAGUAUGCUGCUACUUUGUUCAAUUCUCGCAAAAUAUGACUACCUUUUGUUACUUUAUCGAGUUAUUAGCGAGAGUACGGUGUGCUUGAUGUCGCAUGAACGACGGCAAACCUUAGCAAUGGUUGAUAGGCUGGCAUAUCAGUUAUCAGUGAAUAUGUAUUAUCAGCAAAGUUGUGUCAGUGGCUACUGUGGACACACACCUCGUCAAACUUUACUAUAUUUGCCGGCAAAUGCUUCAUAUUGGAUACCUGUUGUAUAA